AUGGCCAAAACUCACACUUCUUUUGUCACUGUGAAGACGCAAGAAUACAUGUUAAUGCCCACGUCUUCCACACUUCUACCCCCCAAGCCCCAACCUCCUCAAGACUUUUGUGUUGUCAUACUCAUUGCUCAUCUGUCCGCCUCUCCUGAAAUCGUCAUGGUAAAAACGAGCAGCAAGGGAAGAUCCCAGAAGAAAAUGUCAGCUACUCGCCAUGCGCUAUCACUUUGUGAACUUGUGGCUGAGAUACUCUCCUACUUUCCUUUGAAAGUCGCGCGUCGCGGUCAUUAUUCGAGUCUCCCCAGUCUGCACAAGCCCCAGGCCGCACUGGCUCAAUACGGACUUGUCAAUAGGAUCUGGUUCAGACAAGCUAUGUUUCAUCUCUGGAAGCACAUUGGCGGCGAUGAGAAGCAGCUCCGUUUCAUUUUCCGAGGAAUUGACCUCCACUGCAGGCAGUUGUACGCUAACUUUGUGGAGACUUGCUGGGUGAGACUAGUUUGCACUUCUCGAGAAGCUCAGGAAGUCUUCGAAGACUUGACUUUUCACAACCUUCACACUUUGAUCAUCCCCCUUACUUCUUUCGGCAUGCAACCCGCUCGCCGAUUCCUCCCCAAGAUGAAUGCGCCAAGGCUGGACACGGUGGAACUUUAUAUACCUUAUGGUGUUGAAGUGAUUUUUGACACCCAGAAGACCAAGCCUUGUUUUCCAACUGAUCUCCAGGUUCGUGCAGCUCCUUGA